CGACCGUCCCUCCCAACCCUCCCAAAACCUCGCUACUGCGUGCGGCUGCACCAUGGCGACGGUGUGCUUUGAAGUGGAGUGCACUACAGUGCCGGGAGAGUUGGUGGCGGUCUGUGGAAGCAGUGAAGCCUUGGGUUCCUGGACCGUGGAGAAGAGCCUCCAAUUGGACGCCAGUGACUAUCCCGUUUGGAAGGGUCGGAUUCUCGUGGAGCAACCUGCAGAGUUCAAGUACUUGAUUGCCAAGAAGCCAGAGCAGAACUUGCAGCUGGUCCGCUGGGAGGGCGACUUCAAAAAUCGCACCCUGGAGACCAUCCAAGGCCAGCAACUCCUUCGACAUCGCUUUGGAGACGCUUCCUACGAGUCGAAAGAGAUUGUUGUAGAGGAGACGGCCGCCGCUGCGCGGCCCGCUGCGCUCGAUGGCGACGCCUCGCCCACGCGACCCCAACUGCCGGCGGCAGCACUGUCACCCGUGGGGCGCCAGGCCUCUGGCAUUCUCAAGGACAUCACUGUGGACCCUGCCGUCCGCUUGACCCGCCUAGUGCGCGCCAGCAGCACCACCAGCUUCGAGGAUUCCUACGAGCUGCGUGCGGGCGAAAUCUUGGGCACCGGCAUGAGCGGCGGCGUGGUGGUGGGAAAGAACAAAAAGACUGGCGCAGAGGUUGCCAUCAAGACUUUGCCACUGAACAUGAACAAGGAGCACAUUAAGGCGGAGAUCCAACACCAACUCGCCAUGGAUCAUCCCAACAUUUGCCGUCUCCUCGAGGCCUAUGAGGAGCCGACGCGCUUAUUGCUUGUCAUGGAAAAGCUCAAUGGCCCUGACCUCUUCGACGCAUUUUCCAAGAAGAGGCGUUACACCGAAACGGAUGCCGUCGACAUCGUGCGACAAAUCCUCAGCGCCGUCGCCUAUUGCCAUCGGAACGGCGUGUGCCACAGAGACCUGAAGUUAGAGAACUUCUGCCUGGAGGAUGACUCCGAGAAUGCUCGCAUCAAGAUGAUCGAUUUCGGCCUGGCGCACAGCAUCGACGACUUCCCCAUGACCGACUCCUGCGGCACCCUCUACUACGCGGCGCCCGAGGUACUCCGAGGCAAUUACACCGAGCGCUGCGAUAUGUGGUCCUUGGGCAUCUUGACCUACAUCCUCUUGGAUGGUCGAGCACCGUUCAUGGGUCGCAAUGAUCGGCAAACCUAUCGGCUCAUUUUGCAAGGAGAGUAUCGCUUUGCGGAAGAGCGCUGGGCGCACGUCUCGGCGAAUGCGAAAGACUUCAUCUCCAAGCUCUUGCAGGUGGAUCCACAACAACGCAUGACCGCGGAGGAGGCCACGGUACAUCCCUGGCUGGCGACCAGCGAGGGCGCGCCUAGCGUGGAGCUGGACCGUGGCAUUUUGGACGGACUCAAAGCCUUCUCUCGCAGCAAUGAGGUGAAGCGCGCCGUGCUCUCGGCCAUCGCGCCCAUGGCCUCGGUCGAACAAGUCCGUCGCCUGGGACCAAACGUGGUCCGACGACGUUGGAAGCGACGGCGGACCCGUCCGUCCGGACCCGUCCGGCGGACCCGCGUUCGACGGUCCGUCCGGUCUUCGCCGUGGAGGUUCCCACGUCCGGCGGGCCGAAGACGGAUCGAAGAAGCGGGUCGUUGCUUCCGAAGACGCUGGGGUGAUGUGGAGACCAGAGAAGGUAAGUGGGCUGAUCAGUUUGAGGCCUUGGACGAAAAUGGUACAGGCCAGAUCAAAGUCUCAGACUUGGUGGAGAAAGUGGCGCAGCAGAGCGGUGAAGACGUGCACGUGGCCGAGGUCUUGAAGCUGACGGCGGGCACCAACCAGGAGAUCUCCUACUCCGCCUUCCUGGCCGCCUGCCUUUUUCAUCAUCAUUCGAGUGCCGAAGAGGAGCAGUUCCGAGCCCUCUUCGAACGGCUGGACAAGGAGAAGAAAGGCAAGGUCACGGUGGAGCAGGUGUCCAAAGCCUUGGACGGCCUAGUGGACUUGGAUGGCUUGGAAAGCGACUUCGGCGCGCGAGAGCUGAGCUUCACGGACUUCCGCUGGCUGCUGCAACGGCCCCUGACGCCCUCGUCGCUGGUGGGCCUGCGGCAGCUGCUGGGGCUCUACGAGGAUUCCGGCAUCGCCAAGAGCUGGCGCGUCGACACCGUCCGCGCCAAAAUGGCGGGCGAGACUGACGAAGGGGCCAUCGAGGCAGCGCGGCGCGAGAACGCGGCCUGGCGCCAGUGGCACCGUGCGCGGCUGCGCGAGGAGAAGGAUGAAGAUGGGAAGGGCUACCCACCCACUCCAGACAUGUCCGCGGUCUCCUCUCCUCCAGCGCCACCGUCGCUGCCCAACAAGUCGUCCACGGGAAGCCUUGGCUCGCCGAUCAAGAUGUCGGCAGUAGAGCUGUUGCCACCGGGCACAACAACGAAGAGUCAGAACAGCAGCCGACAGCCAAGUCCGAUGGCGAGCCCUCGGGGAGAGGUGGAAAAGGAGAAGUCCGGUGCCGAGUUGACUCCUCAGGAGCUGACGGCGACCUGGCAGGUGGCCACGGCCGAGGCCAAGGACGGCGACCUCGAAGCCGCGCGCAGGGAGAACCGCGCCUGGCGCUUGAUGCACAUGGAAAAGACUUCCGACAAGUCGGACAAGGGGGAUUCCUCGCCGGAUGCUGGGUCUUGACAUACCUGAGCCGGAAGCUGUAUAGAUGACAUACGAUGACAUCCAUUGGUGGUCAAACCUGUCAAGAGGUUGAUGUAUUUCUUGAGGGACGAAGAAGCCCCUUUUUGAAGAGAAUGUUCUUGUUACCUCUCAUAUUUUUUCAUCUUUUUUGAGAAAAC